AUGUCACCGAUCAUGCAAGUACGAAUACAGAAAUUUAAGAAAAAUCGCUUGGGUUUUGUCUGUUUCAUCGUAUUUAUUGUUUUAUUUAUUCUUUCAAUUUCUGCCGAAUUUAUUGCCAAUGAUAAGCCCUUAUUGGUCAAAUACGAUCAGCAUUAUUACAUGCCAGUUUUAAAGGCUUAUCCUGAAACACAUUUUGGUGGGGUCUUUGAAACAGAAGCUGAUUAUCGUGAUCCGGUGGUUCAGCAGUUGAUUGAGGAAAAAGGUUGGUCGAUUUGGCCGCUGGUUCGUUAUUCCUACCAAACUCCCAAUUUAGAUUUAGCCGUUCCUGUUCCAUCACCACCCACCGUACAAAACUGGUUAGGUACAGAUGAUCAAGGGCGUGAUGUAUUUACCCGUAUUCUUUAUGGUCUGCGUAUAUCACUGUUGUUUGGUUUGGCAUUGACACUAUUUGCUGCAUUUAUUGGAAUUAUUGUUGGGGCGAUACAGGGCUAUUAUGGCGGAUGGGUGGAUUUAAUUGGGCAACGUCUGCUUGAAGUUUGGGGUGGUUUGCCGACUUUAUUUAUGGUGAUCAUCUUGGUCAGUAUAUUUACCCCGAGUGUUUAUUGGCUAUUUCUGAUUAUGUUGAUUUUUGGCUGGACAGAGUUGGUCGGUAUAGUCCGUGCAGAAUUUCUUCGCGCCCGUCAUUUAGAUUAUGUUCAAGCAGCACGUGCCUUAGGGGUGAGUGAUUUGGUGAUUAUGUUCCGACAUAUCUUGCCCAAUGUGAUCAGUUCAAGUUUAUCUCAACUUCCAUUUAUGCUGACUGCAAAUAUUACCGCACUUACUGCAUUGGAUUUUUUAGGUUAUGGGCUUCCACCAGAUGCAGCCUCCCUCGGUGAAUUGUUAUUACAAGGUAAAAAUAAUUUAAAUGCGCCGUGGCUGGCUUUGCGACACGCGAUGCAUUCGAUCCAAGACGUCAAAAAUGAUCCAUCUUUGUUGUUGUCUGUCCAACAUCUGCAUAUUGAAAAUCAGCGUAAAGAGGUGCUGGUCAAUAAUCUUAACUUUGACCUACAUGUCGGGGAAACUGUUGCGAUUGUCGGGGAGAGUGGUUCAGGCAAAUCAAUCAGUGGUUUGGCCUUACUUGGCUUACUUCCUGAAAAUUUAAUUGUGACUGGACAAGCGUUAUAUGAUGAGCAAAACCUAUUGUCUCUUAAUCAAAAUGCGCAUUUGGCGAUCCGUGGUAAAAAAAUUGCCAUGAUUUUUCAAGAACCGAUGACUGCACUCAACCCGUUACACAAGGUUGAGCGGAUUAUUGGUGAGACUUUACUUUUAGAUGGAAUAUCUAAGGAAAAAGUCAGAAAACGUGUCUAUGACUUAUUGUGUGAUGUCGGAAUGGACGAACCUGAGGAUAAGUUGAAUCGUUAUCCACAUGAGUUAUCAGGUGGUCAACGACAACGUGUUUUGAUUGCAUCAGUUUUGGCACAAAAGCCUGAAAUUAUUAUCGCGGAUGAGCCGACAACAGCUUUAGAUGUCACAUUACAAUCGCAAGUUUUAAACUUAUUACAACUGCUUAUUCUAAACCAUAAAAUGGCCAUGAUUUUGGUUAGUCAUGACUUGAAUUUGGUGCGUAAAUAUGCCAAUCAAGUGAUUGUGAUGAAUCAGGGGCAGGUUGAAGAAAAAGGCACUGUUCGAAAUAUUUUUCAAAACCCUAAAGCCAGCUAUACCCAAUAUUUAUUGGAUCAUGAUUUUGGUGAAGCCAAUGCUUUACCGCAUAAACGUAAUUUAGUUUUAUCACUACACCGUGUUGGGGUGAAAUUUCCAAUAAGAAAGGGCAUAUUUAAUCGAGUUAAAGAUUAUUUUGUUGCUGUUCAACCGAUCAAUUUACGGUUAGAUCGCGCUGAGUCCAUCGGUAUUGUUGGGGAAAGCGGUUCAGGUAAAACUUCUUUGGCACUGGCAAUCGCACGACUUAUACAGUGCUCAGGCAAUGUUUUCCUACUCAAUCAGGACUUGAACCGAUUAAGCCAGCGUAAAUUACGCCCACUGCGAUCCAAUUUUCAAAUUGUAUUUCAAGAUCCGUUAAGCAGUUUAAAUCCACGUAUGACUGUCGAUCAGAUUAUUCGAGAGGGCUUGGCACUAAAACACCUAAAAGAAGCUGAAAUGUUGAUUCGUAUCAAUGAAAUUUUAGACAAAGUAGAUCUCCCGAUAACAGUUAAACAGCGUUAUCCGCAUGAAUUGUCUGGCGGUCAACGGCAACGUGUGGCUUUAGCACGUGCUGUGGUAUUACGCCCUAAAUUACUGAUUCUCGAUGAACCAACCUCAGCACUUGACCGGACCACACAACGUGCGAUUGUAAAAUUACUGCGUCAGUUGCAACAGGAUUAUCAAAUGAGUUAUUUGUUUAUUAGUCAUGAUUUGCAGGUUGUAAAAGCACUUUGUCAGAAAGUUUUGGUAUUAAAAGAUGCUAAAGUUAUCGAGUUUCAAGACACUCAAGCCUUAUUUGAUAAACCUUUAAAUGACUAUACCAAGCGAUUAAUUGCAGCGAGUCAGUAUUAA